UUGAAUGUUAUAAAAUUGCUUUGUAAAUGUCCUUUGAGUAAUAUUUUGCAGGACUACUUACUAAAUUACCUCUAAUAACAUGAUCUGUAUAGAGAUGCUUUUAAGCUUUAUAGUCUUUCUUAUAUAUGACAGGUUUUUCAGGCAAAAACCUUGGAGUAGAAAAGACCAUCCCCUGUGAUACUUGGGUUUCCCAUACUGUAGUGUUUGGGGAUGUAGUCUGUUGUCUCCAGGAACAGAGAGCAGCCUUGCUCAACACAUUAGUGAGAGUGGUUGGACUGAAAUCCAGAGCGAGAUGGAGGAGGUGAACAAGGAAAAAGAGUUCACUGUCUCUUCUUGUUAAAGAGCUUGGUAGAAUGUUAAAUAAGGCUCUCAGGGGGCAGUUUCAGGACCAACAAAUGCAACUACCUUCUCAACAGUGGGGCUGUGCAAAGGCUUGUCACAGAAUGUUGUGAAUACAAGUACAGGUUUACAUGGGUUCAUUUCAAUGGUUGUUACAGGGUUCACAGAUACAGGAAUAUGAUCUUCAGUUGAAUGAAUAUUAAGGUUUGAUCCUGAAAUCACAGAGCUGCAAGGGGAAUUGGAAGACUGUAAUGUAGUCUGUGGUUUUAGACAGUAAAAACUUUGAUAGAGGCUAGCUGAUGAAAAUAAUUUUAUAAGUAAUUAGUCUUUUCUUCACUUGUCCAGAUCAGAUGAAGCUACAGAUGACAUGACCAAAGUCAAAACAAUGCAUGAACUGAUGAGAAAUAGCAUGGAGAACAUUAACUGCCUAGUUGCUGGAUAUCCUAAGCGCAACCUCACUACCAAAAGAGACCCUGAUGUUAUAUGAUCACGGAACAGAGUUCGCAAGAAUGGAAAAGCAAAGGAGUUCACUAGUUGCAUCUCAUAAAUAAAAAUUUCCAAGAUUUAGCUGAAUCAACAAAUUAUUCCAGCCAUGGGAGAAAAUGCAAGUUUUUGGGAAAGUUUGAUAUAUGCACAUCCUACGUGUACCACCUGGAAGCAAGAGGCAGAGGGAUCUAUCUACCACCUAGCCAGUAUUCUCUUUGUUGUGGGCUUCAUGGGUGGAAGUGGAUUCUUUGGGCUUCUCUAUGUCUUCAGCCUGCUUGGAUUGGGCUUUCUCUGCUCUUCUGUUUGGGCUUGGCUGGAUAUCUGUGCUGCUGAUAUAUUCUCCUGGAAUUUUAUACUGUUUGCUAUAUGCUUCGUCCAGUUCAUUUAUGUUACCUACCAAGUUCGGAGUGUUGCCUUUGACAGAGAAUUCCAGGAACUCUACAGUGCUCUGUUCCAGCCUCUGGGAAUUUCCUUGACUGUGUACAGGAAGAUCGUCUUGUGCUGUGAUGCAGAAGUGAUUACCCUGGAGAAGGAACACUGUUACGCCAUGCAGGGCAAAACACCUAUUGAUAAACUGUCCUUGCUUGUAUCAGGCAGGAUCAGAGUAACAGUUGAUGGGGAGUUUCUGCAUUAUAUUUUUCCUCUCCAAUUUCUGGAUUCUCCUGAAUGGGAUUCACUGAGGCCCACAGAAGAGGGAAUUUUCCAGGUAACACUUACAGCAGAGACAGAUUGUCGGUACGUGGCCUGGAGGAGAAAGAAGCUCUAUCUGCUGUUUGCUAAACACCGUUUCAUCUCCCGCCUGUUCUCAAUUUUAAUUGGGAGCGACAUUGCUGAAAAACUGUAUGCCUUGAAUGACAGGGUGCACGUGGGGCAAGGCUUUAGAUAUGACAUUCGGUUACCAAACUUCUAUCAUGUUGCACUGCCAGAGACCCCUCCAGUGCAGGUCUCUCCCCACCACCUACAGCGAGGCUCCCCACGCCGCAAGCCCUCAGGGGUUACAAACUGCGGCUCCUUCCUCUCACCGCCCUAGGAAGGAACAUUCUGCUGCAG